UGCUCCAAGCUCUUGCCGAAAUCCAACAUGGGACGUGUAAGGACGAAGACGGUAAAGAAAGCAUCUCGAGUCAUCGUAGAAAAGUACUACACUCGUCUGACAGGCGACUUUCACACGAACAAGCGAAUCUGCGAAGAAGUUGCCAUUAUUCCCAGUAAACGACUCCGCAACAAGAUAGCUGGGUUUGUGACUCAUUUGAUGAAGCGGAUAGAAAAGGGUCCCGUACGUGGAAUCUCAAUAAAACUCCAAGAAGAAGAGCGAGAAAGGAGAGACAACUACGUUCCUGAUGUGUCUGCAAUUGAACAGGACAUCAUUGAAGUAGAUCCUGAUACUAAAGAGAUGCUGAAAGUCUUGGAUUUUGGCAACAUUCCAGGUCUACAGGUUGUGCAGCCGCCCCAAGCUGCUACACAGUUUACAAGAUCCAGUGGACGUUGAUCAAACAAAAACUUUGGUUGUCGUUGUACUACUACUGUUUAAAGAUUUAAAAUAAAAUCAACAAGACAUCAAAUGUACAAUGA